UACUAAUUUCAAGCGAUUCCAUCCAUGGCUUCGUUCUACAAUUUCAUCUUCUUCUCUUCUCUGUUGUUGAUCUCAAUGGCCCACUUUUCCGAAUCAGAUAACCGGUUUCGCGUAGGUGGGCCGCGAGGUUGGAUGGAGCCGACUGGAAACGAGACUGAGACGUACAACGAGUGGGCCACGAGGAACAGAUUCCAUGUUGGAGAUUCCUUGUAUUUCAAGUACGAGAACGACUCAGUUCUGGUAGUGGAGGAAGAUGAUUAUAACAGCUGCAAUACCUCCGAUCCAAUUUUUGAAUUCUCUGACGGACAUACCCUUUUCAAAUUCGACCGUUAUGGGGUGUUCUAUUUCCUAAGUGGGGUUCCCGGGCACUGCGAGUCCGGGCAGAAGCUCAUCGUCUGGGUCAUGGGACAGUCUCUAGAUGAGAGCCCAGCAGCUGCCCCAGCCCCUACGGCAGGUGGGAGCGGUCAAGGCGGGCAGGGUUCGGGUUCGGGUUCGGGCUCGGGCUCGGGGUCAGGUUCCGGCUCGGGUUCGGGAUCGGGUUCUAGCCCCACUAGAAAGCCUGACGCCCCUAUCUCCGCUGCAAAAAUAACGAUCCCCAUGGUUGCCGCUGCACUCGUGGGCAUUAUGGUCAUUUUCUUGUUUGUUUAGGUAGGAAAACUUC